CGCUCCGUUAGGUAACCUUUCAUUUUCUCAACUACCCAUUAUGUAACGGGAGCACUGGGUUCUGGAUCAGUCUUCCAUUAAAGAUGAUUUUUAUAGUCGCUGAGCGUUGUCAGGGAGUGCUUACACUGGGGGCGGUUUAAACAGAUACAAGCAUUUAAGCCAGUCCGGAGCGGUGACUCAUCCCCCCCGCCCCCCCCCCCGCGACAGACGCGGCGCGGCCAUUGGUGAGCAUCACGCCCCGCCUCUCGCCCCGCCCAGCUCUCCUGCCCCACCCCUUCCCACUCCCGGCUCCCCGGCGUUGUCGGAGCAGCAGACCUGUUCUGGGUGCCGCGUCCCGUCGGUGGCAGGACUCCUGCGUAUAUUUCAAAACUGAACCAUUUCAACGGAGCUGAAGCAUUCUGCCUUCCUAGUGGUACCAGUCCAGUUUACGAGAGCCAAGCAGACUAUCAGUCAUCAUGGCGAACCUUGGCUACUGGCUGCUGGCCCUCUUUGUGACCACGUGGACUGAUGUCGGCCUCUGCAAAAAGCGGCCAAAGCCUGGAGGGUGGAACACCGGUGGGAGCCGGUACCCCGGGCAGGGGAGCCCUGGAGGCAACCGUUAUCCACCUCAGAGUGGCACCUGGGGGCAGCCCCACGGUGGUGGCUGGGGACAACCCCAUGGGGGCAGCUGGGGACAACCUCAUGGUGGUGGUUGGGGUCAGCCCCAUGGCGGUGGCUGGGGUCAAGGAGCGGGUACCCACAAUCAGUGGAACAAGCCUAGCAAGCCAAAAACCAACCUCAAGCAUGUGGCAGGGGCUGCCGCAGCUGGGGCAGUAGUGGGGGGCCUUGGUGGCUACAUGCUGGGGAGCGCCAUGAGCAGGCCCAUGAUCCAUUUUGGCAACGACUGGGAGGACCGCUACUACCGUGAAAACAUGUACCGCUACCCUAACCAAGUGUACUACAGGCCGGUGGAUCAGUACAGCAACCAGAACAACUUCGUGCACGACUGCGUCAAUAUCACCAUCAAGCAGCAUACGGUCACCACCACCACCAAGGGGGAGAACUUCACGGAGACUGACGUGAAGAUGAUGGAGCGCGUGGUGGAGCAGAUGUGCGUCACCCAGUACCAGAAGGAGUCCCAGGCCUAUUACGACGGGAGAAGAUCCAGCAGCACCGUGCUUUUCUCCUCCCCUCCUGUCAUCCUCCUCAUCUCCUUCCUCAUCUUCCUGAUCGUGGGAUGAGGGAGGCCUUCCUGCUUGUUCCUUCGCAUUCUCGUGGUCUAGGCUGGGGGAGGGGUUAUCCACCUAUAGCUCUUUCAAUUGAGGUGGUUCUCAUUCUUGCUUCUCUGUGUCCCCCAUAGGCUAAUACCCCUGGCACUGACGGGUCCGGGGAAAUGUACAGUAGACCAGAUGCUCUUCGCUUUAGGCCCCUUUGAUUGAGUCCGUCAUCGGCCAAUGCUAACACCGGGCCAAUAGAAUAUAACACCAAAUAACCGCUGGCUAGUUGGGGCUUUGUUUUGGUCUAGUGAGUAAAUACUGGUGUAUCCCCUGACUUGUACCCAGAGUACAAGGUGACAGUGACACUUAUAACUUAACAUAGGCGAAGGAUUCUACAACCAAAGAAGCCACUGUUUGGGGAUGGCGCCCUGAAAAACAGCCUCCCACCUGGGAUAUCUAGAGUGUCCACGCGUGGAAUUCUUUCUUUACUAACAAACGAUAGUUGAUUGAAGGCAACUGGAAAAAAAUCAAAUUAUCCACUGACGUUGAAAGCAAACCUUUGUUCAUUCCCUAGGCACUAGAAUGAUCUUUAGCCUUGCUUGGAUUGAACUGGGAGAUCUUGACUCUGAGGAGAGCCAGCUCUGUAAAAAAGCAUGGUCCUCCUGUGACGGGAGAGAUGGCUAAGGUACAAAGGCUAGACACUUGAGUUUCUUCAUUUCUCUCAUAAUUAUCAAAAGCUAGAAUUAGCUUCUGCCCUAAGUUCCUGUACUUGUAUUUGAACUGGACAACAGAGAGACAAUCUAAACAUUCUCUUAGGCUGCAGAUAAGAGAAGUAGGCUCCAUUCCAAAGUGGGAAAGAAAUUCUGCUAGCAUUGUUUAAAUUAGGCAAAAUUUGUUCCUGAAAUUGCUUUUUCCCCAGCAGACAUAAACUGCGAUGGCUUCAGCCUGCACUGCGGGUUUUCUGUGUAGAAUAUAUAAAAUACAACUUCAAGCUUAGUACGCCUUCUGUUUUAAAGCAUCUGAAGUGUGGAGCGCACUGGCCGUUCCGUCCAGUACUAAAUGCUUACCGUGUGACCCUUGGACUUUCAACGUGCACUCAGUUCCGUGUGAAUCCAAAGCAGACCCCUUACUGGUCUUUGAAUCUGCAUGUACUUCACGUUUUCUAUAUUUGUAACUUCGCAUGUAUUUGUUUUGUCAUAUAAAAAGUUUAUCAAUGUUUGCUAUCUGACUGACAUUAAAUAGAACCUAUGAUGA